CUGGCGCCGGAGCUCGGAAUGGUCGAGGAAAGAGGACCAAGAGGAAGAUGAAGAAAGAUCUUAACUGAGGCCAUAACAUCGGAGAAGGGCAUCGGGGGGUUCCUGUGGCUGUGGGUUGAACGCAGCCCAUCCUGAAGAGUGGGGCCAUACAGAACAUGUCCUGCCGUGUGGAAUUGGAGCAACAGGAACUGCAGGGGGAGCUUCUGCGGCAGCGUGACGAAUGAGAUCGCAGAAGGAAGAUGAGGGUGAAGAGGGAGCGAGGGUGGACUGGCAACUCCUGGGGAGGCAUCAGUCUUGGGCCCCCUGACCCUGGACCCAACGGAGGUUACGGACUACACUGUCACCGCGCGGUCAUCACCAUCUGUAAGCUGAUAGAGGACAUGUACGCCAAGGAAGAGGGCUCCGUCAACCUGCUCAACAUCACCAUGGCUCUGUUCACCAGACUGGCCAAUCAGAGACCCAACAGUUUCUGCCUGGUGAGUUUCAGCCGGAGCGCGGGCCCCUGCCCCUCAUCGUGGCCACCCCUAAGAAUAGAGUGCAUCCUGACCACAAACCCGAGGAAGAGACAGGACAUGAAACGCAUGACAGGGACUUUGCGUACCAUUGACUGGCAGCGUUCCCCUACCCUCAGUGUAUCAACAGCCCUGGCGAAGGUCACCACUCAUUUUAAAGAAGAUACAGCCAUCUUGAAAAACUACCAGAUAGACAUUGCGGCUGUGAGGCUGACCCAGAACAACACCGGCGGAGAAGAGGAAUUCGGAGCGGUCAUCUAG